CCAUGAGCUGUCUGUGUUUACACUAAUAUUCAAACAUGGAGACCCCUGAAUUGGACACAGAUAAUGUGACUCCACCCUCAAACAACCAGUUGUGGAAUUGUGGUGUCUCAGAUGAAGGCUGUGCUGCUCUGACUUCAGCUCUGAGAUCAAACCCCUCAUACCUGAGAGAACUGGAUCUGUCCUGGAAUAAACUAGGAGACUCAGGAGUGAAGAGUCUCUCUGCUGUACUGGAGAAUCCUCACUGUAAACUGGAGAUACUGAAGUUGUGGGAUUGUUCUGUCUCAGAUGAAGGCUGUGCUGCUCUGACUUCAGCUCUGAGAUCAAACCCCUCACACCUGAGAGAACUGAAUCUGUCUCAGAAUAAACUAGGAGACUCAGGAAUGAAGUGUCUCUCUGCUCUAAAGAAAGAUAAACAUUACAAACUACACACACUGGGACUAGACAUCUGAUGCCUGAGUAGAACGACAUGUGGUCCCUGGACAAAAUUAUCCUCAGUCCCAAUGCAAACCUGAGGGAUUAUUUGGAACAGCAGGUGAAAAACCACACGAACACCAGCUGAACCCAGUCAGUGGAAGACGGAGCUGAAAUGGACAGGAACAGUUUCAUGACAUUGGUGGGAUUCUCACCUGACAGGAUUAGCAUCUGAGGAGUUUAUGUGAAGAAGCCCCUAGGAGACUCACUACAAGUCACAUUUAUCCCUCUGUCCUUUAGUUGGUAUUUAAUAUAGUGUAGAUCUUUUGGUUACAGGAUCAGAUCUAAUCUGUUCUUUAUUUUCUCUGAUAUCUGAUCCCCAUUUGUUUGCUAGUAUCAGCUGAUCAUACCCAGUAUGGGAUCAGUGCCAUCUCUAUUACUUAAGUAUACUCUACUUGCAAUAUUUUCCAUAAUUGUAUCAGUCGAAUACAGUAUAUUUUGAAGAAGUGAAUAUAUAAGUACAAUAUAAUUAUAUAGUACGAUGUUAUUAUUUCUGCGGUAUGUCAAGGAUUAGCCUUCCAACCAGGCUGAACCAUCCCC